UUAUUAGGCGAACGGGCGCGGUGUUGUCUAGGUGCGAAGUCGUCGGCCAAUUAAUGCUGACGUGACCGUCCGUCGUCGGAGACGGUGGACGCGUACCGGGAGAAGAAGCUUCUAACGAUUUCAUCGAUUCGCGACACCUGGGCACCUUCUAGAAGCUUCCAUUGCUUCGUCUCCCCCAUCCGCAUAGAGUAAACCGCACCUUUCCACCGCCGUGACAACCAGCGCCUCCGCACGACUUUGAUUCUGCAAAUCCCGCUCCCUUGCCAGUGCUCUCUCUUCUCCGGCGAAAUGGGAUACUUCCGAGAAGCCACUGGCAUCCCCGGGCCAAGCGGCUUCGGAUCGGCUUCCACCGCUGAGCAAGUCACCGAAGGCAUCGACGCAGCCGGCCUCACCGUCAUCAUAACCGGGGGAAGCAGUGGGAUUGGAGCGGAGACUGCAAGAGUGAUGGCCCUCAGAGGUGCUCAUGUCAUCAUUGGUGCUAGGAACACGGAGGCUGCCGAAAGUGUGAAGCAGAGUAUUCUACAGAACACUCCAUCUGCCAGAAUUGACACUAUACACCUCGAACUUAGCUCACAGAAGUCCGUGCGAGACUUUUCUGACAGAUUUCUUUCGAUGAAUCUACCUCUCAAUAUCUUGAUAAACAAUGCUGGUGUUAUGUACUGCCCAUUCAAGCUUUCAGAGGACGGGAUAGAGAUGCAGUUUGCUACGAAUCAUAUCGGUCACUUUUUGUUGACAAAUCUUCUGCUUCCAAAGAUUAAAAGCACAGCAGAGAAAACAGGGAUUGAAGGUCGUAUCGUGAACUUAUCUUCUGCAGCUCACCUCACAACAUAUAGAGGUGGAAUAAGAUUCAACAAAAUCAACGACAAGGCUGCAUACAAUGAUAAAUUGGCAUAUGGACAGUCCAAAUUGGCAAACAUAUUGCACGCUAAUGAGCUCGCUAGGCGCUUAAAGGAAGAGGGCGUCAAUGUUACGGCAAAUUCUGUUCAUCCUGGACUUAUUAAGACGAACUUGGGGAGACACGCAACUAUCUUUGUUGCCGUGCUAAGAGCUACAACUUGCGUAUUGUGGAAGAGUAUUCCUCAGGGAGCAGCGACUACCUGCUACGUCGCAUUGCAUCCGAGUGUGAAGGGAAUCAGCGGGAAAUACUUUGCUGACUGCAACAUCGAGAAGACAACUGCCAACGGUCGAAAUGAGACAUUAGCAAGAAAGCUUUGGGAGUACAGCGAGACGCUCAUUAAAUCAACUUAGCUAAAUCGCUAUGUAGUAGUUUGGAUCGUAAUGGAGGAAUGCUUUAUUUAUGUGUUAGUUGAUAUUUGAGUUUUGGGACAACAGUUACUCUGUUGAUACCGUUGUAUGGUGUGGACUUUCGACCCCGUGUUGUCCUACUAUUUUUUAUUUAGUAUCUCUUUAUCAACGUUUAUAGCCAA